AUGCAAGCUCUCGGUUUAGACAUUGGUCCUGAGAAAGAAAAAACCAUGCUCAUACCCAAGAAGAACAGGAAGGCAGUGUUUGAACACCUCUUUAAAGAGGGAGUUGUCGUAGCUAAGAAGGACUUUAACGCCCCCACACAUCCUAAUGUUAAGUCAGUGCCCAACCUUCAAGUAAUCAAGGCCAUGCAGUCGCUCAGAUCUAAGGGAUACGUCAAGGAACAGUUCGCAUGGCAACAUUUUUACUGGUAUUUGGAAAAUGAUGGAAUCACUUUCUUGAGAGACUAUCUCCAUUUACCACAAGAAAUCGUUCCUUCUACCUUGAAGCGACCCACAGCUCGAACAACGACUGCCCCUCCUAAACCAAAGCCACAAGGAGCUCCUGCCGGACCUAAAUCAGAUGAUCGUGAUGCCUACAGAAGCGCAGAAGGCAAGAAUGUCGGUCCCGGACAAGGAUUCCAACCUGAAUUCAGAGGAGGAUACGGACGAGGUGCCCCACAAGGCCAAUAAGAUUCAUUUUAUUUAUGAGUUUUUAAUUAUAUAACAAA